UUACACGGAUUCACUUCACUACUCCUACGAGACGGUCAAGAGAGAAGAAAUCGAAACACCAAUCUCUAUCUCUCUCCUCUCUGCUAAAAUCUCGCGCUGUGCCUGUGACUUCAUAACUCUAGAGCUAAUUUUUUUCUCUUACAUCCUGUCGAAUCUCCGGUCACGUUCCACCGGAAUGUCAGAUUCUGGCAACCAGGUGUUGAGAUAGGAUUCAGAACAGAGAGGCUCAAGUUUCCAGGAUGCUUGGGCAGGAUGGUCAAUCUUUUUUAUUUGAGCAAAGGGGUCGCUGGAAACAGGCUGCUCAAAUCUGUUUAGUUAAACUCAACGUUUUCAUGACAAGUAGCUGUUGCGAAGCUUUAAUAGGUGUUGAUUUUUAAGUUUUUGAACUAGUUCGCAAUUUAUUAUGAGCGGCGAUGAGCAAUAUAAAGGAGUCAUCUACCAUUAUGUCUUGCAUCGCAUUCCAUCUUUUCCAGCCGUUUUAGGAUUUUAAUUUUGCUUAUUGUGGACGGUUUAACUCGAUUCUUAGCUCUUGGACACGCGGUGGGAACAAUUAGAAUUUAUCUUGUUUACAGGUGAUGGUUAGGAACAAUUACAUUUCUGGCCUGACUGCAUAUAAAAUGACAUGUUCUAUGCAGAAGCGCUCCAUUCUAAACCGUCCUGUUUAGGAUUCAUGCUGGUUGUUUAUAUUUUCAUAUCGAUGGUUGUGCAUCAUAAAUUAUAUAUCAAGCCAGCAGUUGUUGACAUGGAGAUGGUGGUUUGGCAGGAUCUUCAAUCUCAAGUAGUCGAUCAGAUGUGGCAAGGAUGUUGAGUGCACUCUUUGGAGCGUCCUGAUCUGCUGAUUGUAUCUGAGUUGAGGAGAAGCUCCUCAAAUAAGAGAGCGAAUGUAACACUAGUAAAGACACUAAUUGUGCCCCAGAAGGACACACCCCCCACCCCCCCGAUACCCUUCCUCAUCAGCAGCCUAUCGCAGCUACAAGAAGAAGCCACUCUAGAGGUUAUUCAAGGUGUUCUUUAAGUCACUCAGGGAUACCUGUGGAGUCUUGGGAUGAAGAUCAUAGUUUUUUGGACAAGCAGAUGCCUUGUGAAGGCCACCCAUGCCAGGAGGAAAGUGAAUACAAAGAUGUCUAUGGAAUCUGGCAGCAAUCCAAAAGGACAAUUCUGAGAGAUAGCUCACCUCGGAAAGGAAAUCACAAUGGAAGCAAAAUGAUGGCUCAUGUUCGCCUGAAGUUUAUGGAGGCAAAACAUCUGUCAACAGAUGAAAAAGGCUGCCAGUCCAAAGAAUGCCAAGAUGCACUGGAAGUUUCAAGUUCCAAUAAAGAUUUAUUCCUCAAGUUUCUGCAGGAACCAAAUUCAUUGUUCGCUCAACAUCUGCAUGAUCUGCAAUGUAUGCCUCCAUCUCCCGAGACAAGGCGCAUCACUGUUCUGAGGCCUUUGAAGGAAAGAUAUGCAGGAUCAGGGAAGAAGAGUGAUAAACUGACAAAGAAACAGUCCCAUACUGGUCAAGCUAUUGGAUGGGGAAAAAGUAAUCUUGGAUAUUCUUCUGCCUUUUCCAAUCAGAAGAUUGAUGAAUAUGUUGCUCAACCCACUCAAAUAGUAGUAUUGAAGCCUAGCCAAAGGAAGAUCCAUGAUGUUAAGGCUUUGGUUUCACCAUCACCAUCACCACCAAGAAUGUUACAUUGUGAAGAUUUUUAUGAUGAACCUGAAGAUUUUGAGGGUCAAGAAUCAAGAGAGGUGGCAAAGAAAAUCACUCGGAAUAUGUGUGAAAACCUGAUGGGCCACCAGAGAAAUGAAACUCGUCUUUCUUCUGUGUAUUCCAAUGGCUAUAUUGGUGAUGGUAGUUCAGUUAACAAAUCAGAAAAUGACUGUGCAGUGGGGAAUCUCAGUGAUACAGAAAUCUUGUCACUGACAUCUAGGCAUUUAUGUGAUUACACCAGUAGGUUUGAUAGCCCCUAUUCCUCUUCCUCCUUCAGCUGUGCAUCUUGUUCUCCAGAGUCAUCUGUUUGCAGAGAAGCAAAGAAGCAACUUUCUGAAAGAUGGACCAUGAUGGCAUUGAAUGGGAGAGCUCAAGAGCAAAAAACUGCCCAGAGAAUCUCCAGCACUUUGGGACAGAUGCUUGCAGUUUCAGAUGCAAAAAAAAUUGUGAGAUCUAAGGAAGAGGUUAGUAAUAAGGAACAAGAACCAAGAGGAUCAAUCUCUUGCAUCCCUAGUCAUUUAAAUAAGGAAGACAGCACACCUGAUUCUCCUAGAAGUCUUCUAAGGUCCAAAUCAGUGCCUGUCUCGUCCAUGGUUUAUGAUGCCAGGCUUAAUGUUGAAGUUUCACACCCUGAUGCUGGCAAAACUGAAGUUUUGAAGGAGCUGACAGAGGCAAAGAUCAUGAAAUCUUCUCUGAAGGGGAAAGUUUCUAGUUUAUUUUUCUCGAGGAACAAGAAACCAAGUAAAGAUAAAUAUGUUGCAUGUCAAUCUAAAGAUGAAUCUCAGUCUGCCAUCCUAGGGUCACCAGUUCCUCUUACUGAAAAAGUUGGUGAUGAUGCAGCUCAAUGUUCUAAUAACUGUGGCUUUGAAAAGCGUUUAUCUCCUGUUUUACAUGGAUCAGCAAGCAUAGCUUAUCGAGAUCUUAUCAGCAUGAGAACAAAUCAAGGCAUGGUUUCCCAUCAGGGAGGGGUAUCGGUAACAAAGCACUUGGUGCCUGUGACUAUGAAUGAGAAUCAGGAUCAGCCAAGACGUAUCUCAGUUUUAGAACCCCCAUUCGAAAAGGAUGAAAACACAAUUCUGGAGGCUUCUGGCAUUAUCAAGCCAGGUUAUACAGGAAUAGAGGUGCCUCUCAAGUCUAAUUUGAUUGAUAAAUCGCCGCCAAUAGAAUCAGUGGCUUGAACCCUAUCACAGGAUGAUUCCCGUGCAGAGACAGCUAGUCCUUAUCCAUUAAAGUCCUCUCCCUCUCCAGUCCCCUCGGGUGCUGAGGAAGAUGAAAAGGACUGGUUUUUCUUGGUCCAAACUCUACUGACAACAGCUGGCCUUGAUUCCGACCUGCAAUUAGAUUCAUUUUUUGCCGGGGGGCAUUCGCCCGGAAGCCCAUUAGACUCAUCAUUGAGAGACAAAUAUGCUAACCUAAAUGACAAGGAGCUUUUGCUCGAGGCAAAGCCACGAUCAAAUGGGAAACUUGUAUUUGACUCUGUGAAUGCAGCGCUAGUUGAAAUCACAGGUCAUGGAUCAGGCAGGAGCACGAAGGCGGUGACUUGCAGUGGGGUUCAAAACUGGUUGGUAGAGGGUGCACAACCCCGGAUAAUUGACUACGUGUGGGCUCAGUUGAAGUCAUGGUUUUGUAGUGAUAUGAGACGUACAUUUGGGGACGGUGGGGACAGCAACAGCCUGGUGGUGGAGAUGGUGGUAGGGAAAGGGUGGGUAGAUAAGAUGAGAGUGGAAUUAGAUAGCUUAGGGAACGAAAUAGAAGGAAAGUUGCUGGAUGAGCUUGUUGAGGAGGCUGUCCUUGAUUUAACAGGUAGGGUGUGAUGAGGCCUCUCUUUGACCUUCAUUUCCUUUCCCUAUUUGUUAUAACUCUUCAUUUCGCCUAUUUAUGCAAUUGAAUUCCAGCAAUGCUGAUCCUGCCUGCCUGCC